AUUUUUGUCAAACGUUAAUACCUGGAUAAGGGACUGUAGCCUCUUGGAAAAAUGAAAAGCACUUCCGGUCAAGAACGUAACAGAAAGGUAGCAUGUUUGAAAGCCCAAGGUGACUGUAAUACCACAAUGUCAGGUAAUACCACAGGUGGCGCUGCAGGCGGAGGGGGUAGACCUGGGACACCAGAGGUGAAAACAGCGGGGGUACCGCUCAGCGACUUCACCAUGCAUUUAGAGGAGUACACACCAACAGUGAUCCCAGACUCAGUGAGUGCCUUCUACCUCAACAAGGCAGGCUUUGAGGCAUCAGACCCUAGAAUAGUACGUCUGAUCUCGCUAUCGGCACAAAAGUUCAUCUCAGAUGUUGUAAAUGAUGCCUUGCAGCACUGUAAAAUGAGAGCCUCAGGACAGAGCUCUAAGAAACAAGGCAAGGAUAAGAAGUUCACCCUCACCAUGGAGGACCUCACACCUGCCUUGGCAGAAUACGGAAUUAAUGUGAAGAAGCCGCCAUACUUCUCAUGAACAGUAAAACCAGUGGCAGCACAGCAGGGAUGGUAUUAGCAAGUCUUGUACUCAAGAGACAGGGGAAGUAUCUUGCUAGGAGAAUUAUGAGACUAUUUUGAGCAAACAAAUGCUUGAAGUAUCCAAGGCAUGUGUAGACGUUAGACGAAAAAAAUGAAAAAAAAGAUAAAAAAAUAAAAAAAAAUGCUCAAUGACAGGUGGGCAGAUUUGAAUGACCUUUUUAAGUCCUUGAUCUUUCCAUCAUGACAACAUUUUUCUUAUUGGACACUUCAUCGAUUGAUGUAAACUGAGUGAUCUGGCUUCAAAGUUUUACUAGGAAGAUUGUUGUAAGAUGCGGGACUUAGGCCCCCCCCCCCCCCAAAAAAAAAAAAAAAAGUGGGAAGAUGAAGUAUAGUGAAAACAAUGGAAAGUACACCUUUGCAAUUGUUAGCUGAAAUCAGGACUCGUUGGUGAAAUUAGGUACUGUGCGGUGGUUUUGUAAUAUUUUUAUUUUUGUAAGAUGGUAAAUAUGUGUAGUUCUUAAUAAAUUGACUGUACGUCUGAAAAGAG